AUGUUUUUAUCAACCUCCAUGCAUGGUGUAAGAAAAACAUCGAUAUCAAGGGUCACACCUUUAGUUAUCGCCGAUCAGAAUCGUUCCCGUUCUGGAUCCACACACAGCCGAAAAUCGCACUCGGCUCAUACAUUAUCAGUACCAAAACAUGGCCUUUGCCAGCAAUGUUGUUCAAAAGAAAAUCUCAAAGAACAGGCAUUACUGAUUGCUACCAUAGCUGCUGUCAUUAUUGGUAUUGGUGUCGGUAUUGCACUUCGACCUCUGAAAUGUUCGGGAGAUGAACGUGUCAAUGGAUGUCGUAUUACAAAAGAAGAUAUCACUUAUAUUGACUUUCCGGGCAGAAUUUUCAUAAAUAUUCUCAAAAUGCUAAUUCUGCCAUUGAUCGUUUCCAGUAUUAUUUCGUCAUUAGCUCAACUAGACGCACAAUCAUCGGGUAAAAUGGGUGUGCGAGCGUUGAUCUAUUAUUUUGGUACGACAAUUAUCGCAGCUGUUGUUGGUAUCGUUCUUGUGUUGACAAUUCAACCUGGUAAACGAGGCGGUUCAGUUGAUAAGAAAGCAGCGGCAAAAUCAGCCGAAGGUCGAACAGUUGAUACUGUUCUUGACCUAUUCAGAAAUCUAUUUCCGGAUAAUAUUAUGGAAGCUGCAUUUCGAUCGGUUGGCACAGAUCUCAAAGUGAAUAGAACUACAGUCAUCGGUCCGAAUAACACAGUUUAUAAUAAAACAAUUUAUGAUCCAAUGGUCGUGAGACGAGAUGGUAUCAAUGUGCUUGGUUUGCUCCUUUUUUGCAUUCUAUUCGGUAUUAUCAUCAGUCGAUUGAAAGAAAAAGCAUUGAUUCUCAAGCAAUUCUUCGAAGCGAUGCUUGAAGUUGUUAUGCAACUUGUACGAAUUGCGAUGUUAUACAGUCCAAUCGGUAUCUUUUUUCUCAUUGUCGCCAAAAUGCUAGAAAUGGAUACGUUACAAGACUUUGUCGGAUCAUUGGGAUUGUAUAUGGUGACAGUUUUAGCUGGCCUGUUUAUUCAUGGGUUUAUCGUGUUACCUUUACUUCUCUUUAUCGUAACACGUAUGAAUGUAUUUCGAUACAUACGUGGAAUGAGUCAGGCGUUAGUUACAGCAUUUGGUACGGCUAGUUCGUCAGCAACUUUGCCAGUUACAUAUCGAUGUGUCGAAGAGAAAAAUCAUAUUGAUCCACGCGUUUCACGGUUUGUUUUACCCGUCGGAGCAACAGUGAAUAUGGACGGAACGGCAUUGUACGAAGCUGUAGCAGCUAUAUACAUUGCACAACUGAAUGGUAUACCAUUGAAUGCAGUGAAAAUUAUUGUUACUAGUCUAACGUCCACAUUAGCAUCGAUCGGCGCAGCAAGUAUUCCUCAAGCUGGAUUAGUCACGAUGGUUAUCGUUCUCAAUGCACUUGGUCUGCCGUCGGACGAAGUGCGAACAAUCUAUGCUGUGGAUUGGUUACUGGAUCGAUUUCGAACAGCAAUCAACGUAUUCGGCGAUUCUAUUGGCUGUGCUAUUGUACAACAUCUUUCGCGUAAAGAACUAGAUGCGUUAGAUCGUAGAGAGCUUAUUUUUGUUGAUGACACUCGAAAUAACUCAAGCACAAUCAUUCCACUUUUUGAACCAGGAAAGAAUCGCGCUAGUAUUGUGCAUGCAUCGAAUCAUGUCGGAUCUGUUACGCACGAUAAUCCAACAUUUGUAGAUCCAAUUAAAACCAUCGAAGACGAUGACGACAAUACUUUCGCUCAAACAAGUUUUUAA